GGGGAACCCCAUCCCCUGCCCGGCUCUGCGGGCGGCACACCCCCUCUGCACGCCCUCCGCAGCAGCCUCGCCGCCUGUCGCGGUAGUGACCGCCUGUCGCGACAGACGAGCCUCCGCCUCACCUGUUGUCACAGCCCCUGGCUCGGCUGGGCACCCCCGGGGCGCUGGCACCCCCCGUUCCGGCUGUGUCCCUCCGGGUGGAGGCACAGCCCGGUGGGACCCCUGUGCCUGCCCAGGACCAUGAUCCCCCCCAAGGAGAAAGCCCGCGCCCCCAAGGACAGCAUGACACUCCUGCCCUGCUUCUACUUCGUGGAGCUGCCCAUCGUGGCCUCCUCUGUCGUGACGCUCUAUUUCCUGGAGCUGACGGACCUCUUCAAGCCAGCCAAGGUGGGUUUCCAGUGCUAUGACCGGGCACUCUCCAUGCCCUACGUGGAGACCAAUGAGGAGCUCAUCCCGCUGCUGAUGCUGCUCAGCCUGGCCUUCGCUGCGCCUGCUGCCUCGAUCAUGGUCGGGGAGGCCAUGGUGUACUGCCUGCAGUCCCGGCUGAAGGGCCGUGCCGGUGCCGAGGGCAGCAUCAACGCCGGUGGCUGCAACUUCAACUCCUUCCUGCGCCGCACCGUCAGGUUUGUGGGCGUCCACGUAUUCGGGCUCUGUGCCACAGCCCUGGUGACAGACAUCAUCCAGCUGGCCACAGGUUACCACGCUCCCUUCUUCCUGACCGUCUGCAAGCCCAACUACACACUGCUGGGCACCCCCUGUGACACCAACCCCUACAUCACCCAGGACAUCUGCUCAGGCACUGACAAGCACGCCAUCCUCUCCGCCAGAAAAACCUUCCCAUCCCAGCACGCGACACUCUCGGCUUUCGCCGCCGUCUACGUGUCGGAACCUGCAGUCCCACAUGCACCCAACAGCUCUGUGCACGGCCGGCUCAUGACUAACAGCCUGUUCCUGCCCCAGAUGUAUUUCAACUCCAUCAUCUCGGACAGCACCAAACUCCUCAAACCCAUCCUGGUCUUCGCCUUUGCCAUCGCCGCUGGCAUCUGUGGCCUGACCCAGAUCACCCAGUACCGCAGCCACCCCGCUGACGUCUACGUGGGCUUCCUGAUCGGCUCUGGCAUUGCCGCCUACCUGGCUUUCCAUGCUGUUGGCAACUUCCGUGCCCCAACGGAGCGGGUCCCGACACAGGCACCGGCCAAGGACGCGCUGCGGGCACUGACACAGCGGGGCCACGAUUCUGUCUACCACCAGAACAAGUCAGUGAGCACUGACGAGCUGAACCCGCAGGCGCGGCUGGAGGAGGCGGCACGGCCGGUGCCGCGGGAGAAGAACUCGCUGGGCAGCCUGAAGCGGGCCAGCGUGGACGUGGACCUGCUGGCCCCCCGCAGCCCCAUGGGCAAGGAGAACAUGGUGACCUUCAGCAACACCCUGCCCCGCGUCAACACCCCCUCCAUGGAUGACCCCGCGCGGCGCCACAUGACCAUCCACGUCCCCGUGGACGCCUCCCGCUCUAAGCAGCUCAUCACGGAGUGGAAGCAGAAGUCUCUGGAGGGCCGGAGCAUGACGCUGGCGGAGGAGGCGGCACAGGGCCGGGGUGUGGGGGAGCCCUGCGAGGAGGUGCCACCCUCCCUGUACCCCACGGUGCAGGCGCGCUCGGCCGAGCGGGUGGCCGUGGGGCCCCGCGUGCUCAUCCAGCCCCGGCCGGGCGCCUCGCAGCUGGUGCACAUCCCCGAGGAGAGCCAGGCAGGCGCUGGGGCCGUGGCCGGCAGCGGGGCGGCCGUGCGGGCCAAGUGGGUGAUGGUGGCGGAGAAGGGGGGAGCGCAGCGGGUGGCCAACCCCCCGCGCCUGAUGCAGGUCAUCGCCAUGUCCAAGCAGCAGAGCCUUGUCUCUGUCACCCCCAAGCACUCGGAGACGUCCUCGUCCUCUACCAGCUCUGACUCCUCGCAGUACCGCUCGCCCUCCGAGCGGGACAGCUCCAGCAUCAUCACCAUCGACGCUCACGCCCCUCACCACCCUGUUGUCCACCUCUCUGCUGGCAAUGGGCCCUGGGAGUGGAAAUCGGGGCCGAAGGGGCCAGAGGGAGCAGACACCUACGAGCUGGGUGAGGUGGGGAAGGAUUUCCAUGGCUUCCGCCCAGCCAAGAGCGCCGGCGUCUCCCCUGGCUCCUCCGUCAGUGACAUGGAGCAGGACGAGCCACGCUACGGCAGCCUGGCCGCCAUCCCAGGGGCAGCAGGGGGAGGUGGGGAGCGGGUGGAAGCCCCCCCUGAGGGGCUACUGGCCACAGCCAGCCGUGACUCCACGCUGCGGAGGAAGCCGGCCGAGCGGGACGGGAUGGCGGACAGCGAGGUGGAUCUGUACUACAAGAAGAUGCAGGCAGGCCGCAGGUUUAAGGACUGAGCCCCGGUGCCUUGCCGGGGCCCCACGCCCCUGCCCUGAUUUUGGGAGGGGGCUCUGUGAUGCUGGGGUCUCUCUGCUGGGGACAGCAGGAUGAGGCUGGCUUUGCUCUCGAGCAGCACGGCCACGCUGGUCCUGAGCCAGCUGAGAUGUCUGUGGGACCCUUGGCAUGGGUCGGGUCAUGGUUGCUCUCACUCAGGCAGCUGGUGGGGCUCUGCCCCCCACAGGCUGUGGGGCUGGGCAGCUCCAAGCACUUUUGACUUUCUUUUUCUCUCUAACACUGGUGCUGACAUUUCCGAGGGGUUAUUUUAUUCCAGC